AUGUGGGCAGAUCCACAGCCCCUCAAGCUCUGCCAGUUGAUACCGGGUAGUAGAGUCCUGGUCUGCUCUGAGACCACUGGGCCUUGGCCAAAUGUGGACAUUGCACUCAGAGAAGCGGCUGACGAAUUGGGGGGUAUAUUGGAAGAAUCGCUUCUUGAAGUGGGGGUGGAUCGUCAGGGUGCUGAGCACAUCUCCAUGGAGCUGGAGACUGGGUGGUUCCGCUCAGAGAUUUCUCAGGACCACAGAUUCUUCAGGUCCCUCGGCUUCGCCAUCCAGAGCAGACCUUUCCUAUCCCCAGUCAAACAGACAGUGUCAAGUGAUACGGAAUUGACCGUUAAGAAGGAACUGAAGUCACUGGAAAAGUUUGCACUGAAUGGAACUCCGGAAUAUCAGAGCCCCCUUCAUUACUUUGAGAACUGGCUUCUGAACUUCAACUUUCCUGAGAGCAAUCUCAGUGUUCGAUCCGACUACAUCCAUUCCCUGGCCUUCCAACUCAACUGCAGCUUCUCCGGGCUGAGACUUCACAGUGAUCGUGAUAAGGACAAAGUCGGGCACGAAAUGCAGUUCCCAGCAGAGCUGGUGAAGAGACCUUGUUUGGAAACCUCUAGGAAAAUUAAACUCAUCUGCAUCUAUUUCACCAUCACUGGCCUCUUCAAGGAUGCUAAGAACAGCAUUCUUCUCAACAAUAAUAUUCUGGGGGCCCGACUGGACAACUACAGCAUUUCUGGUCUCAAGGAGAUGGUGAACAUCAGCUUCCAACACAGCCAAGAUCUGGAAACAGCUGAUAUGACCUGUGUCUUCUGGAAGGAGGGAGAAGGAAAACAGAGUUCAGGUUCUUGGGAAAGUGACGGCUGCCAAACCAUCAGGGAAAAGACGUGGGUUCGGUGCCGCUGCAACCACCUCACCUAUUUUGCCGUCCUGAUGAAAAUCUCCUCCGCCGAGAUUGAUGAGGAGCUGCUGGCCCAUCUCACCUACAUCUCCAUCGCGGGCUGCAGCAUCUCCGUGGUAGCUUCCCUGCUCACGAUCCUGCUCCUCCUCCGCUCCAGGAAGAAAGACAAUUGCUUAUGGCAGAUCCACAUCAACCUCCCCGGGUCAGUGCUGCUUCUGAACGGAACCUUCUUGCUGGCCGUUGCCCUGGCAUCUGAGGGCCCAGGGUGCGUGGCCCUGGCCUCUUUCCUGCACUUCUCCCUGCUCAGCUGCCUGACCUGGAUGGCCAUCGAAGGGUUCCACCUCUACCGGCUCCUGGUGCGCGUAUACAAUAUCUACAUACAGCACUACCUUCUCAAGCUCUGUGCCUUAGGCUGGGGUUUUCCCUCCUUGGUGGUCCUGUGCCUUCUCCUCAUCGAUAGAACCAUAUACGGAUACCAUGAGAUUAAGUUCAGUACCAGAAAUCCAAAUGCCACCAGCUCCAACAGCUCUGCCUUGUGCUGGAUAAAUUCCCAGAUGGUCCAGAACGUCUUUGUCCUGGGCUAUGGGGGUGUCAUCAUACUCUUCAACCUGGUCAUCCUGAUCCUCGUGGUGAGAGUGAUCUGGGGCCUGAGAGCCAAGAACUGUCAGCAGAAGAUGCAAGGCCCUAUGGUUUUCCGGGACAUGCUCAUUAUCCUGGGUCUGACUGUCCUGCUGGGUACCACCUGGAUCUUGGCCUUCUUCUACUUUAAAGUGGUCCAGGAAUUCCUCUUCUCCAUCAUCAAUUCCCUCUAUGGCCUGUUCCUUUUCCUAUGGUUCUUCACCCGCAAGAAUCAUCCUGACCCUGAAAGCAAAUCGUCCAGCUCCUCUUCGCGGUGACCAGCCCACAGGAGGUGGCCAUCGUGUCUUCUUUCUUUAUCUUCGUUUCACCUCUCCCACAACCCCAUCACAGAUGUUAGUCAAGCCUGAAAGGCUGACCGCCCCCCCAGACUGAUGUCCCAGGCCAAAAAAGGGUCUCUGAGCCUCCGGGUUUCAAGGCAUUUCCAGGAAGCUCUUCUAGGGAGAGUCACAGUGAACCUUGUGCCCUCCACGCUUGCUGCACAUAGCACUGCUGGAAUGGAGAAUGAUAUUCGAAUAAGCAGUCAAUCGGUGGUUUUUACUGAAGGCUGACAAUUCAAAGCACCGUAUCUAUUGCUUGGAAGUGUACAGUGAAAGCAAGACACACUCUCACUUCUCAAGGUAGUUCUGAUCUAGUCUGGGAGGGAGAUGGUAUUUGUUUAUGGAGGCAGGAAGAAGAACAAUACAGUAAGGAGGAGCACAAAUAUCGCAGGAUGAAAUAGCUGAAUCGUGAGUUGAAUGUCCAAAUAAAUCUACAAAUAAGUAAAAGCAUUUAUUGGAGAGUUGAGGAGAUAUUCCAUUCACAAUCCUGCCUAACAUGAUGUGGGAAGUUGGGCGGGGCCAAGUCAACAUUCCCACUGUCCAAUCUUUUCCUGGAUUUGGUAGGGGUUACCAGCUUCCUAGGGCAAUUGUUUGAGAUACCGCUUAGC